CGUGCCAACUGUUGAAACAGUCGGACACAUCAACCACGCUUUCCACGCUUGGGCCUAUAUACCUGUGUACGUGUGUAGGCGGUCGCAACGAUCGUGCGCGCGUUGCACUCUCCGUAAAACGAAAAAAAAAAACUUCCGUGUUUUUCACGGCGAAGGCGAGUGGAAAAUCGGCGCUGAUUGCAGAUUAAUACCCAGAAGAUACAUUUCGUGUGACAGCUUCGCGUGCUCUGGGACGGCGGGUUUUGCGUGCUGCAAUUCAAUUGGGAGAAGCGCUUUGGGUGUACUUGUGUGAACGGUUGUGUGUGGUGAAAAAUUGGAGAUUGGUUUACUAUAGGUUUUGGGCGAGGCGCGAUCACUUUGCUGUUGGUUGGAGGGCUGUUUGGGGCGGGCGAUCACUCGCUAACUCGCGAGAGUGUGUAUUCAAUUCGAAUCGAGAGUUUGUUUUUCGUGUUUUGUAUUUUGGUGCGUCGUUUUUUAUUACUGACGAAUUCUGGUGUUUACACUCUGUUCUCUAUGUUGGUUAUAACGUGCCGUGGGGUUUGAAAACAAUAAUUACAACAGGUUGCGUUUGAUUGCGAUGUGUAUGGAGAAGAAUAGUGAAUAGGCGCUUUUAGCUUUCUGGCGCUAGUGGAAGCAAAAUAGACCACAUGUUCAACGAUUUCUUGGAUUCCAGGUUUCCGGUCCAGUCAUCCCUUGUACACUAACCAGCGUCCGGUUUCAGAGCCGAAAACAAAUCCCGGCCAAAUCUGUUCUGUUGAAUCAGAUCAAUGUGCUUGUGCCCCCUGGGAGGGAACUAGAAUUCUCGCCCUAGAAUCUACCACUCACUGGCACAACGUAUAGCCAAAUCUCCAAAUGCAGCAAACUACCACCAGAAGGCAUCAGCCCAGCACCGAUAGCAUUGCAAACUAUGUGAUAAUUAUCACCAGCGUCGUCGCGUCUGUGAUACCGCGAUAAACGCGCCAAGCAUUUCGUGGUUAGCCUACCUGUAACAUUUUGUUUUAAGUGACUACUGGUGUUUUGUGUGUAAUUAGAGAAACAAAGCUUCUUACAACUAGCCGCAACCGGCGAACGAAGUACAAACAGCAGACAUCUGCUACCGUUUGCUGCUGUUUGUACUGACGAGAACGUGUGUUUUUUGGAGAAUACAUCUGUAACCGAAAAAAAUCUGUUGAGUUGUUAACUGCGUGAAAUUAGGUUGCUAAAAGUCACCAUCAUGAAACUAGGGAAACAUGUCGACUGGCUGCAGAUACGAGCCCUGCUCCGGAAGGACUACCUCGUCCGGAUACGACAGCCGUGGAUGACCCUCAUUCAGUACCUGUGGCCCUGCCUGAUCUUCUUGUCUCUCUACAUUCUGCGCAAUCGCUUCCAAGCAGUAGAAAUCGCCGACUGCCAGUUCCCAACCCGGCAGCUACAGAACAAUGGCAUCCUGCCGUUCUUCCAGUCGUACGUCUGCACCAUCGAAAACGAAUGCAGCGAUCCCCGACGGUACGAGGAAACAUCCGACUUCGACACGGCCCCGGUAACUCCGGUGCUGAAAAUCGUACAGAUAUUCCUGGACACUCCGCAGCUGUACGAUGCGGUGAUCGGUUUGCCCGUAGAUCGCAACUUCAUCGGCGCCGUCACGUCGAUCGUUACGAACGGACGCUUCAAGGAGAUCGAAACCAAUGCCGACCGGCUGGUUCGGAUGCUCCCGGAGAUUCAGGAGAUGGUCGGCGGUAACUUCGACAUCGAGAAGGUGUUCGCCGACGAUCGGAUGUUCUCCAACUCGGGCAAGAUCUUGUGCGGGAAACCGUUCCCCCGGAGCGAUAACAUCAAGUUCGUGGACAAUGUGCUGUACUCGAAGGACUUUAAUGGGGCUGAUCCGGAUGAGUUGGCAGUUAUGCCGACGCGGUAUUGCAAGCAGUUGUACAUGGAUGUUACCAAUACCAACAACGGUAAAAUCACGUGGAAGCAACUGAAGCCGAUUCUGCAGGGGAAGAUUCUCUACGGGCCAUCGAGCGAGAGGACCGACGACAUAGUCAAAUUUGCCAAUCAAACCUUCGUGGACAUGGCUCGGUUGAGAGACUUUUUCAAGGCUUUGAACACUACGGUGCAGCUACUGCACACAGACGAUUCGUUCCGCGGUAGCUUUGAGAAUUUGAUCGAGCUGGCCAAAUCUCCGCUGGUACAGAUGAUCGUCGGAGGCAACGUGAACAUUGAGUUGAUCGAGGGUAUGUUGAACGGGAUUCUGAACGACCGGACCGUGGCAGUGACGUUGGAAACUAUCGCCAGCAUAUUCGAGUGUUUCUCGGCGGAUCGGUUUAUCAAGGUAGAGUCGGAAAAGCAACUGGAGGAUGAGGCUUUCAAGUUGAACCAGAAGAAGAUGUUCUUUGCUGGGUUGAUAUUCGAAAAUGGUACCACAGAAAAUGAGGUUGCGUACAAGAUACGGAUGAGAAUCGAUGAUACUCCGGUAACGGUGGAGAACAAGAAUCGGUUUUGGUUCCCGGAUCCAGAGGCUAGUUUUGAGUUGGACAUGAGAUACCACAGAGGUUUUAUCCAGAUCCAACACGCUGUAGAUAUGGGCAUUAUUAAGGCAUUGAAGAAGGAAAAGGCUGAGAGUGGUAAAGAGAGGAGUAGUGCGUCGUCGACUAGUGAUGAGGGGCUAUCAUUGGAUGAUGAACUGGGUGACGAAGAGAAUGAAAUGGAGGGAACUACUGCAACCACUACUGCAGGCAGUACAACGACUGAAAAUCUAGAGUCCCUCUACUCGAAUCUGAGUCAGAAGAUCAACAUUUCCCAGUCGGACUUGGACAAGUUCAGCAACAAGUCGUCUUUGGACGACUACUUGGACUUUAACGACGAUGAAGCGAACGAAGAGGUGGACGAAGAGGAACCACUUGUGAUGGACACAGCGACGAUUCGAAGUCGCCAGAAACGAGCUCCCCAAUUUAAUCUUUUCAGUCUGUUUUUGGGAGGAGGAUCUCCUCAAAAAGAGGAAAUGUCGUAUAAUGUUGACGGGGAGAAAUUCUACACCAAACAGUUUCCGUAUCCGAAGUUCAUCAAAGACCACUUCAAAAAGGGUCUAUACUUGGCGCAAUCGAUCCAAAUGUGUUUCUUCGUCGCACUUAUCGUCCACGUGUCCUCAUCAGUUCGGCAGAAGAUCUGGAUGAAGGAAAGCGGCAAUACUAUGCUAAUGCGCGCCAUGGGCCUCAAGUCCUACUCGGAUUCCAUCUCCUGGGCGAUUACUACCUUGAUUGAGCUGUGCAUCGUCUUCGUACUCGCGCUCUCCAUUCUGUACAGCGGAGGUAUUCUGCAACAUUCCAACAAGUUGUUCCUGUUUGUGUACCUGCUGGUGUUCGGCGUUUGCUUGAUCGCCUUCUGCUACAUGUGUUCGAUGUUCUUCGGUUCCGCAAGCAUUGGAUCCGUUUCGGCAGUCAUUCUAUUUCUAACAACAUUCCUACCCUACAUCAUAAUCAUUUCCCUGGGAGCGGUGCUGAGCUUUGCGGGAAAAUUUGUAGCGAGCUUAUCGUUCUCAACGGCCUUCUGCUACGCGUGGCGAUACAUCAUGCGACUGGAACUACAACAACGUAGUGCGGAUUUCAUGGCUCUGAAGGGAUCAAUACAAGAAAACGAUUUGGCGUUCGGCAUUUUGAUGAUGUUGCUCGAUGCCGUGAUCUACUACCUAAUCGGCUUGAUCUAUGAAAGACUGACUCAUGAGGACACAACGUUCUAUCAGGUAAACCGAUGCAAGUUAGACAAAAGCAUUGGAGCCGAAUUGCGGAAUGUAGAUGUCAUCUACGAAAACGAUAAAAAGGUACUGGAUAACGUCUCGAUCACCUUCAAGCGGGACGAAGUAACUUGCCUUCUUGGACGCAAUGGAGCCGGAAAGAGUACGAUCAUAAAACUCCUUACCGGCCAGGUUCUUCCCGUAGUGGGUGACGUCACUCUCCCCCUGGACUACGACCUUAUAUCUGGACUGAAAAAUAAUGUGGAAAAGAUCGGUCUAUGCUCGCAGAACGAUAUCCUCAUUCCAAAUCUCACCGCCAAAGAACACCUACAGCUCUAUGCUCGCAUCAAGCUAACCAAAGGUUUCGAAACCGAAGUUCAACGAACGCUGGAUAACCUGAAGAUGGGUAAGUACAAGCACUACCGAGCGUCAGAACUUUCGGGAGGCUUCAAACGACGGCUGUGCAUAGCGAUUGCCUUCCUGGGAUCGCCAAAUUUGGUAAUCCUGGACGAACCAUGCAGCAGCGUAGACACCAAAGCCCGCAAAUAUAUUUGGGAACUGAUUCAGACACUACGGAAGGAUCGAGCCGUGAUUCUGGCAACGCAUCAUCUGGACGAGGCCGAAUCCUUGAGCGAUAAGGUCGUCGUAAUGGAGAACGGAAAAGCGAUUCUUGAGCAGAGUCAUGAAGAGUUGAAGAAUCGUUUCACAAACACACUGUACCUGGAACUGAUGUUGAAGACAAUGACGGAGAGUGAUCGGUCCAAUUUGAUAUCAGACCUGAACAAGAGCUUAGAUGACCGAACUAACGUACAGUACGAGCUCGCGAAACUUCCCAGGAAUAAGCUGCAGUACAAGCUCACGUAUACUUCAGCGGAUCCUUCGGAGAUCGACUUGAAAUCCCUCUUCGAUCAGCUGAACCAAUAUCAGAACAAGAAGCUCAUUCUCAGCUACGACCUGAAAAACGAAAACCUGAUGAACAUCUUCAACGCCGUCAACUCCCGCGAAUCUCAAUCAGCCGAUAUCCGAGAACCAGAAAUCGUCUCCGCCAACGGCUUCCACGGUUCCAAACCUACCGAACAUAAGCUCAGCUCAUUCCAGAUAAUCUGUAGUCUUCUGCACAAACGGUUCCUCCACUUCCGCCGUAACUUCCGACUCCUAAUCUGCUUGUUGGUGCUCCCAACCCUGUUCGAAAUUAUUGCCAUGUACUUCAUGACGAUUCGACCUCCGGGCGAGCACGAUCAAGCGAUUGAACUAUCCACCGCUCUGUAUCGCGAUUCGGCUGAAUUCUACACCCGGACGGGCAACGGAAGCGAAUUCCAACGGGAAAUCGACACCGGCAUCCUGUCGCAUUGUCCGGACGCCGACUGUUACCUGUUCAAGAACUCCGAAGAGGCCCAUCGGUGGAUUCUGCAGACGAACUACGAGUUUGCCGAUCGCCGUUUCGGAGGUUUGACCGCUCGCAAGGAGAAACACUUCGUCUGGUACAACAACAAGGGCUACCAUUCGAUGCCGGUAUGGCUGAAUCUUCUGGAUUCAGCUAUCCUGAAGGCAGAGCUGGAGAACAGCAGCUACAGUAUUCGCACGAUCAAUCAUCCGCUCAAGAUCGAGGAGGAUGAGUUGACCAUUUCUUCGAUUCUUCAGCAGGUUUCCGAUGCAGGCAUCUCGUUGAUUCUGUUGCUGUCGUUCAGUUUGGUUCUGGCGGGCGCUUCAGUCUAUAUCGUCAACGAACGAGUGCGAGGAGAAAAGAUGCAACAGCGACUUGCUGGAGUGAAGUUCUGCCACUACUGGGGAGUAACCUAUCUGUGGGAUGCUAUGAUCUUCCUCAUCGCCGUGGCUUUGGCUGUGAUCGUGUUCCAAGUAUUUGCCAUUCCAGCUUACGUAGAGAAAGAUCAACUAAGCGGCAUUUGCCUGCUGUUGGUGUUCUACGGAUUCGCGUCCAUUCCAGCGGUACAUCUGUUCGAAAAGUUGUUCAACGACGCCAGUUUUGCGAAUAUGUCGCUAUUCUGUCUGAACGUGAUCACCGCUCUCGGAACCUUGACGAUCAUCAUCCUGUUCGACAUCCUCGGAGAAUCGGAAACCUCGGAGCAUUUCCGGAACUUCUUGAACCGGGCAUUCUUGAUCCUUCCGCAACACGCUUUGGCUGAUGGUCUCAUUGAACUGUCGAAGAACUACAUUCAGGCGGAGAUCUUCAAGCGGUACUACAUCAACACCUACAAACCGUUGAUGACGAUCCUGGAGCCUCAUCUGAUCGCGCUGGCCAUAAUGGGCGUGAUCUUCACCCUUUUGAAUGUGAUCAUCGAGCGGAAGGUAAUCCAGAUAUUCUUCCAGGAAGCGGAAUCGUCCCACACGCCGGUUUAUGAACUGAAGACCGUCCGUUCAGAGGAAGCCAUCAUGAACGGCAAUGGAAAGAAGAAAUCACUGACGGCGGAUCAAAUCCUGUCGGUGGAUCACCUUACGAAGCAGUAUCGAUCUGGAGAUGUAGUGGUUAACGACGUAUCGUUCAAGAUCCACUAUGGCGAGUGCUUUGGAUUGCUGGGAACGAAUGGAGCAGGCAAAUCUACGAUAUUUUCUAUUCUAGCAGGAGAACAACUACCGAGCAGCGGUGGAUUCUGUUUCUUCUCUUCGAACUGUUUAUCGUAUUGUCCGCAGAACAGCUUCCUGGAUCCACUGCUAACCGUGGAAGAAGUCAUAGAAUUCUACGGUCAGCUGCGCAACGUCGAUAACAUCGAUAAGCUGGUGAUUGAAACCCUUCGGGAGUAUCACCUGGAGCCGUACAAACGCAUUUUGGUUAAGAAUCUCAGCGGUGGAAACCGGCGGAAACUCUGCGUAGCGGUUGCCUGCUUCGGUAACACCGACAUCAUCCUGAUGGACGAACCGACGAGUGACAUGGACCCGGUCACUCGAGCCAUCGUCUAUCGUACGAUCGAACGGUUGAACAGCCAAAACCGAUCGGUUCUGCUCACAUCCCAUAGCAUAUCGGAGAUAGAUAGGAUCUGUCAAAGAAUUGCCAUUCUCAAGGAUGGAUAUUUGCUCACGGUGGAUAGCCCCGAGAAACUUACCGAACGAUACGGUAACAACUACCUGGUUACCAUCUACCUCGAGGACAAUCGGGAAGUGGAUCUCAUUAGGACAAUCAAACGGGAGUUCAACGUGUCGGAGGACCUGAUCCAGAACAAAAACUCGCUACAGUUCGUGUGCAAGGUGCAGCCGGACAACAGGCGGCACAACAACGGUGGCAUCGAGAAGCUCCACAAGAACAGUCAGGUCACGAUCAACCUGAACAACAACACCAUCGAUUCCAGUCCGGCGGUGAUGGAAAGCGUCAGUGCCCUAGUCGUGAAGCUGCACCAGUUUGCCGAGAACAAUCGGUUACGGUACACGGUGUCGCGCUGUCUGCUGGAUCAGGUGUUCGAGAACGUCCUGCAGAACCACGAGGAGGAACACUCCAACGAUGGGUUCGUGGAAAACUGAAAUGGAUCGAUGUGGAAGUCGUCCGAAUCCGUCCCGCUCCCCCUCCCCCAAUUUCCCAUCUUCACCGAGAGGGCAAGCUACUUACCUACUAAGCUGGUUAUUAGUACAUAUGGAUAUUUUA